AUGGCAGAGGAAAUCCCAGUGAGGGUGGCAGUACGAAUAAGGCCCCUGCUUCCAAAGGAGAUCCUUCACAAUCAGCAUGUGUGCGUGAGAGUCGUCCCCAAUACCCAGCAGGUUAUCAUUGGCAAGGACCGGGCUUUCACUUUUGACUUUGUUUUUGGACAAAAGUCUGCACAAGAUGAAGUGUAUGCUUCCUGCAUAAAGCCCCUGGUGUUAUCUUUUCUCGAGGGAUACAAUGUCACAAUAUUCGCUUAUGGACAGACUGGCUCAGGGAAGACCUACACGUUAGGAGGUGGACAUGUUGUUGCUGCUUCUGAUGAGGAAAAAGGUAUCAUUCCACGAGCAAUCCAUGAAAUUUUCCAAAGCAUCGCUGAAAAUCACAACACAGAUUUUACAGUAAAGGUGUCCUACAUAGAGGUGCACAAGGAAGAACUCCGGGACUUGCUUGAACUUGAAACGUCAUCCAAGGACAUGCAUAUCAGAGAAGAUGAGAAUGGAAACACGGUGAUUGUUGGAGCCAAAGAGUUUAUUGUGGAGAGUGCUGAUGAAGUAACACACUUGCUAGAAGGUGGAAAUGCAGCUCGUCACACAGGGACUACACAAAUGAAUGAGUAUUCUAGCCGGUCCCAUGCCAUUCUUACAAUUAUAGUUGAUCAGCAGGUACGGAAGAUUGAUGGAGUUUUGAAAAAUGGUUGGGAUGUCGAGAAAGGCUCUCCUACAUCUGUUCAUCUGAUCUCUUCAAAAUUCCACUUUGUAGACCUGGCAGGCUCUGAGAGAGUCACAAAGACAGGCAACACUGGCGAGCGAUUUAAAGAGUCUGUCCAGAUCAACAGUGGCUUAUUGGCUUUGGGGAAUGUAAUAAGUGCCCUUGGAGACCCCAAGCGGAAAAGCCAACAUGUGCCUUACCGAGAUGCCAAGAUAACCCGCAUACUCAAAGACUCUCUAGGUGGCAAUGCCAAAACCUUAAUGAUUGCCUGCAUUAGCCCUUCAUCGUUCAAUUUUGAUGAGUCCCUUAAUUCUCUUAAAUAUGCAAACAGGGCCAGAAACAUCAAGAACAAACCAAUAGUCAAUUAUAAUCCAGACUGGGACCGCAUGAAUGAAAUGGAGCAGGAAAUUCAAGCCCUGAGAGAGGCUUUGCACAACCAGAGAGGGGGUAUGGUGACACGAGGAAGUCAGGUAUCUCAGGAUCUAACAGGAGAACAAGAGAAAAUGCGCAUGGAGGAGAGGCUAGCCCAGCUUCAGGUGGAGUGUUACCACUACCGGACCUGCACCGAAGAUGCGUUUCACAUUCUGUUAGAGCUGAAAGAGACUGCUGACCUCUCAAAACGGCAGAUUCGUAAGCUUCAAGAAUGGCUGGAUGCAGCAGAGGAAUUUCAAAGUGAAAAUUUUACUACGAGAGUGGACAUUGAUAGCAGUAGCACAAAUGAAGAGACCCAACGCAUUACCAUUCUUCAGCUGAAGAGAGAGAUGAAGAAGUACCAGGAUGCCUUGGCUGCAGAUGAGAAGAUCUUUAGUCAAAAGGAAGCUGAAAUGAAACAAUUACAAGAGCAGAUUAACACACUUCUCCAAGAGCAUAAAGUUCAUUUAGCCAUUCUUGAUGAGGAGAAACAUAAGCAGAUGCUUCAGAAGGAGAAACUUGUAGAGCAGCAGCUAUUAAUUGAGCAACUCCGAGAAGAGCUGCAGACAAAGAACAGGUUCCCAUGUAAGACUUGCUUGUCUGGAAAGUCAGAUGUGGAGUUCAGGAGCACUCGAAGGCUUCGCACCGUUCCUGUGCCCACAAGUCAAUCUGAAGGUUGCACAACACAAAAGAUUUCCCAGAAGACCCUCAGAAAGGUACACACUAGCCCUCCUGCGUAUUCACUUGAAAGGGUGAUAGCAGCCUUCCGGACCAGGAACCAAAUGCUACUAUCAGAAAUUGAAGAUCAGGAUGAAGUUCACUGUCGAGAAACUUGUAAUAGUGGUGAUGAGGACAAAAAUAAUCCAUUGCUAAGGAAUCGGACCUGGACUAGAAAACAAAUUCCAAUGAACAGUUGUUGUGAUCUCCAAAAUUUAUUCUUAAAUAUGAAGACAAAUCCAUGUGGCAGAAGAGGAGUUUGCGAUGGAGUAGAAACAGAAACAGUCUUUGCCGAAGAAAACCGGCUACAUAGAAGCCAGUCUGUAAAUCUACAAAGACUUAAAGAUGCAGAAUUGAAGCUUAUGCAAGCCAGUCACAAAAUGAAAGAUCUGGCAAUGAAAAUUAAAAUGAAAGAAGAGCUUAUUAAAGAACUAGUAAAAACAGGAAAGGAUGCUCACGCUGUAAACAGACAUCAUUUUAUGAAAAUCUCCCAAUUGCAACAGGAGGCAGACCUGGCAAAGAAAGAACUGGCAGACACACAGAAACAAUUAAAGGAGGUGGAGAACAGGGAGAUUCGAGAUGGUGCAGAAACCACAAGGCUGCAGAAGGAGUUCCGAAAGAAGGUGGAGACGGCCAAACUCAAAGUGCAAGUUCUGAAAAAAAAACAGCAAGACACAAAAAGGCUGGCCAGCCUUUCUGCUCAGAGUGAGAAACGUCUUGCUGAGUUGGAGCAAAGUGUAUGUCAUAUGAAACAUCAACAAAUGCAGCUUCAGAAGAGAUUAAGAGAGGAAACAGAAAAGAAGAAAAAGCUUGAAAAUGAAAUUCAAAAAGACCAGUAUCGCAUUAAGGAACUGCAAUUAAAGACUGAGCAGCAGCAGAAAAUGUUGAGACUAAAAUCAGAAGAACUUGCAACAUUUAAAAAGCUAAAAGGUGGCAUCAAAUCUUUUGAUGAACAUCAGAAACUUAAACAGAAGAGAAAGUGGCUAGAUGAAGAAGCAGGUAAGAUCCUUCAGGAACGGCAGGCUUUGACUAAACUGGAGGAGGAACUGAAGAAACGGGAAGAAGUCGUUGCCCAGAGGGAGGCUUUUGCGCAAGAAACGUGUGAACUAGAGAUCAAGAAAAUGAGAUCCAGCCAGGAUUUGAGCAAACAUAUUGACAAACUGUCCAAUCAACUGAGCCUUUUGGAAAAAAACAGACAGUUCGAAAGUGACAGUGAACCGAACAAGAACAAAAUGAACACAGAACUGGAACUCCUGUAUGAAGAAAGAAGCCUGCUGUUAAAAAGGAGGGACAGCUUGGAUGACAAGUUUCAAAAUGAUUGUGCUUUGACAUCUGAUGAGGAGCAUAUUCUUUAUCAACUGGAGGAAGGAUUAGAGGUCAUGGAUGCUGCUAUUCAGUAUAAAGAAAAGAUUAUUCAGAAUUGGGGGAACUCUCCCUUAUCUUCAGCUGACUUCAUAAUGCAUAAUGAGGUUGGAGCCUUGAUCAAACUAAGCACACUUUCUUCGUUGGAACUUAAAGCUCUGCUAUUCAAAUAUUUCAAUAAGGUUGUGUGUCUUCGAGAAGCUGAAAGAAAAUUACAGUUAAACUCUGACAGAAUGGAAAUUCAAGUCAAAGAAAAGGAAAGUGUUAUACGACAGCUGGAGUCUUCUCUGGUUCGUCUUAGUGUGGAAGUCAAAAGCAAACUGACUCUUCAGCAAAAGGAGCAUGAACAGAGAAUGCAGUUGCUGCUUAGAGAGUUCAAAGAGCAAGGUGGGGAGAGUAUUUCUGAAAGCAUCCAAGGAUAUGAAUCAAAAAUUCAAAUGCUAGAAAAGGAUCUGUUCUUCUACAAGAAGACAAGCAGACAGCUAAAGAAGAAACUGAAAGAGCAUGUAGAAAAGUCACUGUCUCAGCCUUCUUCUUCAAGUGGAAAUACAGUAAGCCUGAAUAAAAAUAAAAAUCUACAGAGAGAUGAAACCACUACAUCUGAAAUUGGCAAGACAAUGAAGAGUAACACUAAACACAAUGUUAAUCCUUCUUUAAAUAGCCUGAGCCAUCAACAAAGCAUCAGUUUGUGCAAGGAAGUAGUGGAACUGUCACCUGCAUUUCUGCCUAUAGUUCACAGCAAGAAAUUGGUAACUGUAAAUAGAAAGAGGACACUUGAAGAUAAGGAUCCAAAGACUAGACAUACCACCAUACAUUCUCGAGUAACUCAUGUGAAAGUGCUUAGAAAAAAACUGAAGGAAAUUUCUGCACCACAGCUGUGCAUGAGAAACUGUAGUUUUGGAUCUCAUGUGGAGGAAGAAUGCACUUUAGCACCACAUUCAUCUACAGAAAUCCAGCAAGCACAUGCACUUCAUUAA